AUGCCUUCUUUCAAUCCUGUUAGAUUCUUAGAGUUACCAAUUGACAUUAGAAAAGAAGUUUACUUCCAUUUAGAUGGUAAUUUUUGCGGAGCACAUCCCUACCCAAUAGAUAUAUUAUACAAAUCUAAUGAUGUGGAGCUUCCAGGAAAACCAAGUUAUAAAAGGUCUAAGAGAUCUAAGAAAUUAUUGAGAUACAUGUAUCCUGUUUUUGCCACGUAUUUGAACAUUUUCGAAUACUCUCCGCAACUCAUUGAAAAAUGGCUUGAGUAUGCAUUUUGGUUGCGCUAUGAUUGCCUGGUUUUGGACUGUUUCAAAGUAAACCAUCUUUAUGACGGAACGCUUAUAGAUGCAUUAGAAUGGACGUACCUUGAUAAUGAACUUCGACUGGCCUACUUCAAUAAGGCCAGUAUGUUAGAAGUUUGGUAUACUUUUAAAGAGUACAAGAAGUGGGUGAUAGACAGUGUUGCUUUUGACGAGCUUGACUUACUUAAUGUAAGUAAUAUUCAAUUCAACAUUGAUAAUCUAACUCCACAACUAGUAGACAAAUGCUUAUCAAUUUUAGAACAGAAAGAUUUAUUCGCAACAAUCGGGGAGGUACAAUUUGGACAAGAUGAAGAAGUAGGAGAAGAGAAAGAUGUUGAUGUUAGUGGAGCUAAUUCUGACGAAAACUCCUCACCUAGCUCCACAAUUAAAAACAAGAAAAGGUCAGCAUCCAAAAGAUCACAUUCAGAUAAUGGCAAUGUGGGAGCAACGCACAACCAACUAACAAGUAUUUCUGUUAUAAGAACAAUAAGAAGUAUGGAAUCCAUGAAGAGCCUGCGGAAGAUCACUGUGAGAGGAGAGAAAUUAUAUGAGUUGCUAAUAAAUUUUCAUGGGUUCAGAGACAAUCCUGGUAAAACGAUUAGUUACAUAGUGAAACGUAGGAUAAAUGAAAUACGCCUAUCACGCAUGAAUCAAAUUUCCAGAACCGGACUAGCUGACUUUACAAGAUGGGACAACUUGCAAAAGCUUGUAUUAAGUAGAGUAGCUUACAUCGACCUGAAUAGCAUUGUCUUUCCCAAAAAUUUUAAAUCUCUGACAAUGAAACGUGUAAGUAAAAUCAAGUGGUGGAACAUCGAGGAAAAUAUACUAAAGGAACUAAAAGUCGAUAAGAGAACUUUUAAAUCGUUGUACAUAAAGGAAGAUGAUAGUAAAUUCACAAAAUUUUUUAAUUUACGACACACAAGAAUAAAAGAGCUUGACAAAAGUGAAAUUAAUCAAAUAACAUACCUUCGAUGUCAAGCAAUAGUUUGGCUAUCUUUUCGGACUUUGAACCAUAUCAAGCUACAAAAUGUAUCUGAAGUUUUUAACAAUAUCAUCGUACCUAGAGCAUUGUUCGAUAGUAAACGAGUAGAGAUUUAUCGAUGUGAAAAAAUCUCUCAGGUUUUGGUAAUAUAA